UUAUGAGCCAUUAUUAUUUUGUUAAAUGUUAGCUUUUAUAAAUAGUUUUCAUUCACAUUCAUUAUUUCACCACAAAUACAAAGUUUCAGAAAUGUUUACUGUGUCGAUGGAGAAAAAUCUGUGAUUGAUUACUAUUUUUCUAAUGAUUAGAGAGCAAUGUUGUCAACAGCAACUUUAUUAGGUUUGCACUGAGUACAAACAGCGAUUCUUUAUUAUUUGGAACUUAAGUUGCAUUUCUAAAAAUGGGAGGAUGUCGUUGUUCCUAUCGCAAUUGCGUUGUUAAGUCUGAUGGAAAAACUCAUAUGUUCCAUUACCCAGUAUUUGAUAAAAUAAGGUGCCAUCAAUGGAUUGUUAACGCACGUCGUUUCGAUUUUCUGGAUUUAAAAGUGUCGCAAGUUAAAAACAGAGUUAUUUGUCAACAUCACUUCAAAGAUGAAUGUUUUAUGAAUUUCACGAAAGGAAAACUUACCUUUGAAGCUGUACCUACUGAGGAUGGACCUUAUUGUGAUUCAAGUAAAUUGGUUGAUAACUCACAUGAGUUUUCAAAACUUUACCCCAUAGUUGUUGAAGAUAUAGAAAAUGAUUUAUGCCCAUUAGAUGAUAAGAAAGCUAAUUUUUCCCUAAAGUAUUCAGAUUUUCUAACCAAUUCUGAGACUCUUGAAACUUCAUCAUUAAAAACUGAAGAUAAUAAAUUAAAGGCAACACAAUGUGCUAAUUUAUCCGAUAUUAAUUUUAUUUUAGAAAAUAAUUUAGAUGAUAAAUUGAAUAAUAUAAAUAUUGGCCAAGGUCUAGAUGACGCCGAAUUAUUUAAUGACAAAUUGACUGCAAAUAAGAAUAACAUUAGAAAGUCACAACAAUUACAUCCAGUACUCAUUGUACCGCCAUUCUCUCAGAUAACUAAUUCAGAAACUACUAAAAGCAAUGAACAUUCUAAAAUUCAUAUGUAUUCAGCUAAUAAUAACAAUAUUAAAAACAAUACAAUUUCACCUAAACCAAAACCAAAAGUAAAGAUUUUAUCAGAGAAGAAAGUAACAGAACCAGUUUUGUUUAUGGGCCAAUUUAAACCCGUAUCCCCAUCUAUUGUUGUUAAUCCAGUAUCGGAACAAAAUGUACAAAGACUAAGCGAUAUUGUAGUGGGGCAACAGGAACAUAAAAAUAUCUCCUUAAAUCAAAGUAUAAAUCCAAUAAUUGAAAUUAUUGUGCCACAACCUGAAGAACAAAUACCAAAUAUAACAAUACAAAAUAAUAAUACAUUACAAGAAAAAAAUAACAACACACCUAAGAAUGUUGGAACUCCAAAGUCAUUAGUAAAAAACAAAAUUUCUGCAAAAAGAAUAGCAGCUAUACAAGAAAAAAGAAAAUUUAAUAAGAAAUUAAAAGACGUCUUAGAAUCACAUGCUAUGAAAAUGGAAGAACCUGAGCAUGUUAAUGUAAAACAAAUUGAACAAAUUAUUGACAAUUGUCAAGAAAAAGCUCAAACACCCACUAAAAUUAAUAAAUCAAGUUCAAUGAAUAUACAGAAUGAUGAUUAUUUAUCUCGUCUAGAAGCCAGAAUGACAAGAAUGGAAAAUCUAUUGUUGAAUAAAAUAGAUCAAAAUUCACAGAAAAUAAUUGACCUAACACAAUCUCUAGGAACUACAACGCAAAAGAAUAAAGGAGUAUCAACUCAGACAAAUGAUAAUAUUGCACUUUAUAAGAAAUAUUUAUAUACGGAAAUAUCUCAAUAUUUAAGUUCAGAAACGAAAAAUAUUCUUUACGAGGAAUUAUUUAUUAAUGAACAGUUUGCACAAAAAUCUCAAAACAUGAGAUCUACAAGGUUAAAACGGAGGAAGUAUAGAUAACAAUAUAUAUUUGACAUUAUGGAAUAACUUUUAAAUGUGUUAAAUGUGUUAAAGAUGCAUACUCUGUAAGACUUUCUGCUAUUAUUAGAGAAAAAUCUAAGCAGAUUGUUGAUAAUGUAUGUUUCACCACAUUGUGGAAAAAAUAGAACUAAUUUCUUUGUACAUACAUAACAUCAGAUAGUGAUGUUAUAAAGAGCCAGGGCCAGAAUUUUUGUAUUCUUGACUAGACUAUAAUUAAUAUUUUUUUGAGCAAAAAGUUUUUAGAAAACAAUUUGUAGUGACAACAUAUGCAAUCAUGUAACACUUAAUAUGACAUACUAUAGGAAAAAGAAAGAAUUAAAAGACAUCUCAUUUCUCAACGUUGGCCAAGAAUGGCUUGAAAAAGUAAAUGUAAGCGACAUGCAAGAUACACACCGUGGAAAACAAUCAUCAUCAUCAGCUCACU